CAGACAGAUAAACUCUUUAACUUCAAGCAAAUGUGAACAUAAAAAGGACAUUAGAGAUCAACCAAUAUAAAAGGUCAAUUUUCGGAAACCAAAUUCCUGGAAGGAACCUAAACCAUAGAGAAAAUGGAUCUCUUCAGCUUUGCAAUCCCUAUAGUAAUUCUUUCUGCUUUCAUGUCCUCAUCAAUUUCUUUAGCCACAUCUAAUUCAACCUCCGAAAAAUUCCUCAGUUGUGUCUCAACUCAUUCUGAAGCCACCUAUCCAAUCUGUAAAGUUCUCUACACUCCUAACAACUCUUCCUUCUCCCCUAUCUUGCAAUCUACAUUACAAAAUCUUAGAUUCCUAUCAUCUAAAACUACCAAACCUUUGUUUAUUAUCACACCAACUCAUGAUUCCCAUAUCCAAGCAGCAGUCAUAUGUUCUAGAAAAAAUGGGCUUCAGAUCAAAGUCCGUAGUGGAGGUCAUGACUACGAAGGCUUAUCUUAUCGAUCUGAUGUCCCAUUCAUCAUCGUUGAUCUCCGAAAUCUUCGAUCAAUCAGUGUGGAUACAAAAGAAAGAACAGCUUGGGUUCAGGCUGGCUCAAUUAUUGGAGAAGUUUAUUAUCACAUUGCAAAUAAAAGCAACACCCUUGGCUUCCCUGCAGGGCUUUGUUCCACAGUAGGCGUUGGUGGGCACUUCAGUGGAGGUGGCAUUGGGACUUUGAUGAGAAAAUAUGGCCUUGCUGCUGAUAAUAUCAUUGAUUCUUACAUUGUGGAUGUUAAUGGGAGAGUACUCAACAGAAAAUCAAUGGGUGAAGAUCUAUUUUGGGCUAUAAGAGGAGGAGGAGGGGAAAGCUUUGGAAUUAUUCUCUCAUGGAAGAUCAAAUUGGUUCCUGUUCCACCUACUGUGACUGUCUUUACAGUCCCAAGAACACUACAACAAGGUGCAACCAAACUUGUCAGCAGAUGGCUACAAGUAGCAUAUAAGUUCCCUGAAGACAUCUUUGUAAGGGCUACAGCAACAGUCGCAACUGGGGUCACUAAAGGGGAAAGCACAAUCCAAGUUUCUUUCCAGUCUCUGUUCCUUGGAAGUGUUGAGGAGCUCCUCUUUUUGAUGGACAAGAGCUUACCUGAGCUGGGUUUGGAAGCCAAGGACUGCACUGAGAUGAGUUGGAUCAACUCUACUCUAUAUUUUGCUGGCUAUACUAAUGGAGAGUCCAUUGAUGUUCUUCUGAACAGGACUUUACAACCCAAGAUCUUUUACAAGGCCAAGUCUGAUUUCUUGAAAAAACCCAUUUCUGAAACUGGGUUAGAAAGGAUUUGGAAAGAGCUUUUAGAAGGAAAUGAUAGUGCCAGCCUCGAGGUGAUCAUUGAUCCUCUAGGUGCAAGGAUGAGUGAGAUCUCAGACUCUGAAACACCCUUCCCACAUAGAGGUGGUUCCUUGUACAGCAUUCAAUAUUAUAUGUACUGGAAAGAAGAUGGAGGGAAGUACACAACCAAAGAGCAUUUGGAAAGGAUGAGAAAGAUCUACAAGUUCAUGACUCCAUAUGUUUCCAAGUCUCCAAGGGCUACAUAUCUCAACUAUAGGGAUCUUGAUUUGGGUAGAAGUGAAGAGCGUAAUACAAGUUACACAAAAGCUCAUGUUUGGGGCGGUAAGUAUUUCAAGAACAACUUCAAGAGAUUAGCAUCUGUGAAGAAAAUGGCUGAUCCAACCAAUUUCUUUUGGGAUGAACAAAGCAUUCCACCAUUGAACUUUCAGACAUGAUGGAAGUAAAGUAGGAGAGGACGGAUUGGGGUGCCCUUGAUGUUAAAUGUCCUAGUCUUUAAUCUGUUACUUGGUGCUUGUUUGCAAUUAGAAAAUAUGUUAUUUACGGUAUGUACUUGUCUAUUUUAUUACAAUUUUAUUGAAUGAACUUGUUUUGGGGUA